GUCUUUUUUUACGGGUGCGAGUAGUUGAACGUGAUUUGGUGAUUAUUUUUCGUCUAUCACAAGUAAAUUUACACACAAAAUAAAAUAUAUUUAUCUCAGUGAAGAACGGCGUUGAACGCAAAGGAGUCUUAAAAUAUAUUCAGAAAAGAUGUCGGAAACAACGGGAACAGUAUAUCCUCCAGUCUCUUGGGCCCAGCGUAACGAUCUGCUUUAUGUCAUAAUUGAUGUGGAAUGCAUCAAUAUUGAACAUAAAGUGACAGAGAAUAGCUUCACUUUCAAGGGCGUUAACGCUCUAGACGCAACCAAAAAAUACGAAGUUACACUCAAUUUCCUACAUCCUGUGGAUCCCGAAAGAGUGACGAGUAAGAACAUUGGCAGAUGUUUGGAGUUCACUAUUUAUAAGAAAGAAGCAGGUCCCUACUGGCCCUCUCUUACCAACGAUAAAAUCAAAUUGCACUUUUUGAAAGCAAAUUUUACUAAAUGGAAAAAUGAGUCGGAUGAAGAGGAUGAGGGCGAGCCAGAACCUCCGUUCAAUAAUCUCUUCAAUUCAUCUUGGAAUAAGAAAUUCGACGAUUUAGGUCUAGAAGAAGACGACUCAGACGACGAUAUUCCCAGCUUAACUAAAAACGACGAGGAUUCUUCAGAUGAAGAUAAGGAGAAGGGAGAAGAAGAGAAAUCAGCACCCGAGGCUGAGAAUAAAUAGUUUAAUAAAUUGUUAAACACUUGAAUAACGUAGUGCAGAAAAUAUGGAACUUAAGAGAUGAUCACAAAAAGAAACUCCAAACUAAACAUAAGAAUCCCUAUUAUUAUAAAUAAAACUAUUUUUCCAAACGAUUGGAAAGGAAAGAAAUCAAUUACACUGCGAAGUCAUUUCAGAAUCAUCAGCGUGAUGUUAAAACAUUAAUAAUUGUAUUGUUUUUCUCGAGAUGCUCGUAUACUCAGAUAGAAUUAUAAGCCAGAAGAAUGUACACCGUACAGUAGUUAGUCAUGGGGCUUACACACCUACAUUAUUACAUACAUAUAUAUUCACACCAGAGAACGUUUAUUAUAAAUGUUUGUUUUUCCUAUAAAUAAAAGAGAUAGCGAUUUAUCGACCGAAAAUUCGA